AUGGGUACGAUUGCUAAGUCUAGAAACUCUCUUGCUUUCUUCUUCUAUCAUUAUUGUCAUUCAAGGGAUUCUUUCCAUCGUCAAAAUUUUUAUUAUUGUUGUAGUUUUAGUGCUACUUCUUCUAAAACUACCAAUAGUGGUAGAGAUAUUGUGGAAAGCCCCAAUCAUUUCUUGAAAUCUGCAAGAGAUUGGUGUAGAUCUCGAAGCUUAAGGAAUCUUGAUGAUGCCUUGGGCUUGUUUGAUAGAAUGCUUCACAUACACCCUUUACCUUCCAUCGUGGAUUUCACUCAAUUGCUGACUGCAAUUGCAAGAAUGAAGCAUCACUCAAUCGUGAUUUCUUUGAUUAAAGAAAUAGAACUUUCAGGAAUUGCACCUGAUGUAUAUACUCUGGGCAUUCUAAUUAAUUGCUUCUGCCAUUUGAAUUGGGUAGAUUGCGACUUCUCUAUCUUAGCUAGAAUUUUGAAACUUGGAUUUCAACCAAACUAUAUAAUUCUUAAUCCUCUUGUCAAGGGGAUAUAUCUUCGGGGUAAAAUUGCUGAAGCUAUGAAUUUGGUUAACAAAAUGGAAAAGAUAAGCUACAAACCUGAUAUAGCUACCUAUGGAACGAUAAUGAAUUGUUUGUGUAAAAUAGGUAAGACCAAUGAAGCUAUUGAGUUGUUAAGAAAAAUGGAUGAAGGAAAUCUUAAUGUAGUGAUCAUCUUGAUUGAUGGUAUGUGUAAUGCUGGGAAGCUAACAACCGAAAGAGAACUCUUUAAUACUCUUCUUACCAAAGGUUCGCAAGCUAAUGUUCAGACUUACACAAUAAUGAUCAAAGGGCUAUGCAAAGAGGGACUACUAAAAGAAGUGAUGGUGCUAUUUGAGCAAAUGGAGGAAAAUGGUUGUUCACCUAACCAUUUCACAUAUAACACAAUCAUCCAAGGCUUCUUGCAACACAAUGAGACAUCAUGGGUAGUGAAAUAUAUCAAGAUGAUGGUUGACGAAGGUUUCUCGGCAAAUGCAACCACUGCGACCAUUUUGAUCAACUUGUUGUCUACUAAUCAGGAUCCAUCUCAUGUCUAUGUGUUGGGUGUGUUGAUGCAAUUACAACAAAUAGCAUAA